AUGGAAAAGAGGCUCUUAGCAUCUGUCGCCCUCAGGCAAAACGGACGACAUGCUUCCAGUUUAGACACUUUGAUGACACAAACCUCAGGAUCUCCGUCCUGCUCGGCGACAGCUCCGCAGGAUACUUUUGCACAACUGCUUUCGAGCUUCACGACUCUGGCCGACGAUACGGACAUCUUGGAAACCACAAUCGACGACUUGCCAUCGAGGCGUCUCCCUGUCAUCGAGGCAGAAGAGAUCAUGAUGUCUCCUUCCUUGGGCAACUGCUCGACGUGGAGUGACAGCGACAUGCGGAAUGACCGAUACGACCAUACGCACCUUGACGAUCAGUCGACGAUAAUUAUAGCACAUCAAACAACCAGAGCACGGCUCUUGCUCGAGUCUAAUGAUUCUGAAAGAUUCGCAAGGCCUGCAAAGAAGGCUGGUGUUCGCAAUAAUUCAGCACUUUCGGAAGUUAUACUGCCUUUUACUCCACGAACAGAAAUAUGUGAGCCAUUUCAGCCGAAUCUGUUGCGAUGUCUACGAAUGCCUGGCGACGCGCAGGAAACCAGAAAGCGUGCGAAACGAGGCUUUUGGGCAGUUCGAGACAAGUGCCAAGGCUGCGAAGUCGGAGAACAAGCGGGGUAUCAUGAAAAGUCUACACAGAAUAGCUUCACUCAACCGAUCAAUGACCUUGAGCGGAUCAAUACUAAGUCGAUGGUGCCUACAUCAUUUUCAGACAAAGUCGAGCUGUUGGAAAACUCCCAAAACCACGACGUAACAUCACUCGCUGCGCUCCAGACCCAGGCCUUUUGGAGGCCUAGUAUGCCAAGAUAUAUCAUGCCGUUAUGCCAAGGAUCAAAUAGUGUCCUUCACUAUUUCGCAACUCGAUUGGGCAAUGACGAAGAGACAGUGUUUCUGUUUACACGACUGUUUCACGCCAUUGGCAGCGCUGAAGCUAUCGACCACCUCAAACAAGCCUUGAUAUCAGCGAGGAAGGGGAGGUUACGUGGAGCACUAAAAGGCCAAAAUGACCUCCACACAACGUUUGCCGCUCUUGAUGACCUAGACGGGCUCUCCGCACUUUCGUCUAUCCUGCGACGCCACUACCUUGUCAAACUACUGCAAUAUCGGCUAGAGCAAGAGCAAAUUCACCAGAAGCCAAGGAGCGUGUCCAAAAAGGCAAAGAAGAGUCACAAAUACGAUAUUCACAAUGUUCAAAGGCUUGCCUCAAGCGAUUCGACAAUUGCGGAGAGUGUGAAAGUGAGCGGAGCCGCCAGGAAUACUUCACGAGCAGACUCGAGGGCUCUUGCGACCCUCAUGGCCACGAUCUACCCGGCGCUCCAACCUGCGGUUAAAGGCCGCGGUUCCCCGUCCGAUACUGAAUAUCAAAGAAAGCUACAGAAGCUCAAAAAUCGGAUCACGUGCGCUAGAAACUGGGCGAGGAUCGCGCACGAUUACUCUGCCAGCAUUAUCGCACUGAUCCCAUCUGGGGGACCAUAUAAGAUUUCGACAGAUCAGUGA